AUGGCUCCCAACACUCCCUAUGUCACGCUGAACGAUGGCAACAAGAUGCCUCAGGUUGGCUUUGGACUGUGGAAAGUCGACAAUGCCACUUGCGCCGAGACCGUGUACAACGCCAUCAAGGCUGGAUACAGACUUUUCGACGGUGCUUGCGACUAUGGCAACGAAGUCGAGUGCGGCCAAGGUGUUGCCCGCGCCAUCAAGGAUGGUCUCGUAAAGCGCGAGGACCUCUUCAUUGUCAGCAAGCUCUGGCAAACCUUCCACGAGCGCGAGCAAGUCGAGCUCAUCUGCCGCAAGCAGUUGGCCGACUGGGGCGUCGAUUACUUUGACCUGUACAUCAUUCACUUCCCCGUCGCCCUGAAAUACGUCGACCCCAAGGAGCGUUACCCACCGGGUUGGUUCGUUGACGGCAAGAGCAAGAUUGAGCACAGCAAAGCCAGCCUACAAAGCACAUGGGAGGCAUUCGAGGAGCUCAAGAACAAGGGACUGGCCAAGAGCAUUGGCGUGAGCAACUACAGCGGUGCGCUCCUCCUGGACAUGUUCACGUACGCAAAGAUCAAGCCUGCAACGCUUCAGAUCGAGCACCACCCAUACUACGUUCAGCCCUACCUCAUCGAGCUGGCCAACCAGCAUAACAUCAAGGUCACUGCGUACUCGUCUUUUGGUCCCCAGAGCUUCAUCGAGUGCGACAUGAAGAUUGCCGCCGACACUCCUCUUCUCUUUGACCACCCCGUCAUCAAGAAGAUCUCGGAAGCACAUAACAAGACACCUGCACAGGUUCUGCUACGGUGGUCGACACAGCGCGGUCUUAGCGUCAUUCCAAAGUCAAACUCUGAGCACCGUCUCGCCCAGAACUUGGAUGUAACGAGCUUCGAUCUCAAGGACAGCGAAAUCAAGGAGAUUUCCGACUUGGACAAGAACCUGAAAUUCAAUGCUCCUACCAACUACGGCAUCCCCUGCUACGUUUUCGCAUAGACGUUGGGUAUGGUUGACGGUUGAUUCAAUUGCGAGUUCAUGAUACACAACGGCGAGUCGCCCUGAAAUGGGCGCGCUAGGUAGCAAUACCAGAUAGCAAUGAUGAUUAUGCAUACUG